UUAAAGUUGGGAAAACAGGAAGUCACAGAUACCUGUGCUCUCAGACAAAUACAUCAAGACAACUGGUUACUUAUCUGGCUCCAUCAUCAGACACUUCUACCUCAAGUAUCCAGAAUUUAUUAUUUUCCAAAUCUGGCCAUUGCUGCACAAGGACCCUAAGGAUCCCUGCCUCCUGAAUUUCCACAGGUCCCAGUGCCUUAACCUGGCAUCUAGCCUUGCCUCCAUUUCAGCUCUGACAGCUUUCUUGUUUGUCUAAGCAUGUCAUUGAGGUAUGAAAACUUCCAGGACUUGGAGAGUGAGCAGAAAAGUGAGUACUUUUGAAAUGGGAUGCCUCCUCUCCAGUCCUCCCUGCAGCAUCUCUGUUCCGGUUCCCGCAUUGUCCUGUUCAGCUUGUGCCUCAGUCUUCUCCUACUGCUUGUCACCUGUGUGAUUGGAUUCCAAAAUUCCAAGUUUCAGAAAGACCUGGAAAAUAUGAGGACUAAAUUCAGCAAUUUCACAUCAAACACAGAGACUGAAUUUCAGGCACUGAACUCCCAAGGUCACAGUGCACAAAAAACCAUUGCUUCUCUGAAGACGGAGAUGGAGAAUCAAAUGCAGAAACUAAAAGCAGUUCCUAGUUUGAAUGACAAAGUGCUUGCUCUGGAAAAUAAGUUGGAUAAACAACAGGAGGAACUCAAAUCAGAUUAUUCAGAAAUGCUCCCAUUGAUCCAGAAGUUGGUCAAAAACGUAAAUUCCCUCACCUGCAAGAUUACUCUUCUAAAGAGCAAUGGCUCUCAAGAUAGCUGCUGUCCUACUACUUGGCUGGAAUAUGAAGGUAGCUGUUACUGGUUCUCUAGCACUGGGAAGACCUGGCCUGAGGCUGACAAAUACUGCCAGCUGGAGAAUGCCCACCUGGUCGUUAUCAAUUCCAGGGAGGAGCAGAAUUUUGUACAGAAACAUAUAGGUUCCUCAUAUACUUGGAUGGGCCUCAGUGAUCCUGAAGGUGUCUGGAAAUGGGCAGAUGGGACGAACUAUGAAACUAACUUCAAGAACUGGAAGCCAGGGCAGCCAGAUGACUGGCAUGGACAUGGACUGGGUGGAGGAGAGGACUGUGCUCACUUCCAUCCUGAUGGUGGAUGGAAUGAUGAUGCCUGCCAGAGGGUCUACCACUGGGUCUGUGAGGGAGGCCUGAGUUCAGCCAACUAGAAGAACAACAAAAAGAGUUCCUAUAGGCCGCUCAGCUUGGCAAUGGCUGGCAAUGGGUUGGAAAAUCCUUCCCUGAAGACCUAUAACAAGACUUAUGUAUUAGUGAGUCUCUGAUAAAUGUCCAAUAGGACAA